UACUUUGAUAAACGAAAUUUAUCAAACUCUUGUCGUUGUUGAUAAAGUGGCGUGGCUAAGGACCGGACUCGUUUAACGGGCCCAUGAUAAGAUUAACGAAACGACGAUUAGGCGGUUAUUGAGACUUUUAUUAAUUCUGAUUAAAACAUAGGUACCUAUAAUAUAUUUUAAGCCAUACCUACAUGUAAGUGCUUUACGUUAUGACCUGUUACUUUACCUGUGACCAAGACCCUAAUGCAAAUGAUGAAAAUUACAAAUAAUGAUCACAGAUUUCCUUAUUCCACUAUUCUCGAAUGGAUUUUUUUGCCCGCGCACGUGAUCCCUUCUCAUGCCUGCUGCCUGAGCCUGCGCAGAGGAGGGUCUUUUAGUACUUUUAAUCAGGGAUGUUAUGGAGCUUCAACUCCGAUUCCGGUAAGGCGGAACUUCCGAUUACUAUUACACCUUCGGUUCCGAUUUCGGCUCCGAAACUUUUUAAUCGGAGGUCGAAGCAUAGCAAAAAGCGACGGCGGCCUGCGUCGACCUUUACGAACUGGUUCAUAUCCGUGGCGUUGGCAGUCUGUGUUAAUAAUAAGUAAAUUAAAAUGAAAAAUGGUUAUUUUAUAAUUAAAAUGAAAAAAUGGUUGACUGAUGAUGUUUUUAUUUGUUCUUAAAUUAAAAAUCUCUCUUGUGACCACUUCUGACUCUGCCUCCGACUCCGUUUCCGACUCCGAUAAAUCAAAUUUAAAAACUCCGACUCCGACUUCGGUUCCGAUAAAUUUACCUCCGUUACAUCCCUGCUUUUAAUCCUUCGUAUGUUUACUCGGUUCAGUUGUAAGCGAUCAAGCAAAAUAUUUUGACGGGCAAAAGGCCCUCGUCUGCGCAGUCUAUUUUUCCACUCCCACUGUUGUGGCAGGAUAAAUUGCUGCACCCGUUAUCUACUCUAAACUAAGCACCCACUUAUGUAGGUUAACAUCAGGUGGGAAGGUUUCGUUUGCUCGAACUCAACAAACAGCAAAAAAAGUGCGACAGCCAUCAAUAAAUCAAUAACUUUAAUUUCCAUAUCAUUCUAUUGCUUUUUGUGUGACUCAUGUGACUGCGUGACGGCAUUCGCUAAUUGAAUAUUUACCUACUUAAGUAGGAAUAUCUGGUCGAGUCAAUGCUGUAAAUGCCUGUUUUGUAAUUAACUACCUAUGAUAGCUAUACACUCAAGUACUUGUGCAUUAUAUAAUUACAUAAUAUGCGGAAUAAAAUAAUAAAACAAACAAUAAGGACACGUUUAAAGACAGUGGUUAUUAUUACGCAUUGAGUUAAUAUUACGUAUUGAAAAGUUGAACGCACCAAAGUAUGACAAACACUUUGAUAGCCUUUGUGUUAAGGAGUUUCACGUGCGAACUUAAUUACAGUAAUGUAGCGACAAUGAUAAUAACUACUCCCAAUAUAUUAGUUAUAAGUUUUACAAAUAUUCGACUCUUUUGUAAUAUUAAUGCACUUUGAAUACUUUAUCUCUUGAUAUAAUCAAAUAUGAAGGGCUCACAAUAGGAUAUAUUUACACUUAUCGCAUGCAAUCGAGAUAAAGGAAGCGAGAUUUGAGGAUGCGAUAAAAGCGUUAAACGACGCAAUCAACUUCAACCCAAAUCGCGCAGGACUGUCCCUACUUGGAUAUUGUUACUUUAGAACCCAAGCAUUUAUAGAAGCAGCGAACUGUUAUGAACAAUUGACUGCAAUGCAUCCGGACAUACCAGAAUACAAACUAUACUUCGCUCAAUCUCUGUAUGAAGCCUCUAUGUUUGACGAAUCUUACAAAAUAACAAUGCAAAUAAGUUCCCCAGAGUUGGAGAGAAAAGUGAUAAAACUACAAUCUGCAAUCAAAUAUGGUGAAGACGACACAAUAUCUGCAAAAAGUCUAGUUGAUUCCUACCCUCAAGAAGAUCCCGAUAAAGAUAUUAACCUUGGAUGCUUAUUAUACAAAGAGAACCAGUACGAAGAGGCUUUGCAAAAAUUCUCGCGCAGUCUUAAUGUUUUGGGUUUCAAUGCACAUCUUCAUUACAACAUAGCUCUGUGUUAUUUUAGGCUUAAAGAAUAUCCUCAGGCUUUAAAACAUAUAACUUUAGUUAUCGAAAAAGGAAUACGCGAUCAUCCAGAGUUAGCGGUCGGUAUGCAAGCUGAAUCAUCUGAGGUGAAAUCUGUUGGAAAUACUUUAACACUUCAUGAAACAGCACUAACAGAAGUGUUUAACCUUAAGGCUGCUAUCGAAUAUCAGUUAAAGAAUAUUGAAUCUGCGAGAGAAGCCUUAAGUGAUAUGCCUCCGAGACAUGAACACGAACUGGAUGCAGUCACUUUACAUAAUCUCGCAUUGACCUCGAUUGAUAUAAAACCGACUGAUGGUUUUGAAAAAUUGCAUUUCCUUUUACAACAAGAUCCGUUUCCACCAGAAACCUUCGCAAAUUUAUUACUUUUAUACUGUAAAUUUGAAUAUUUUGAUCUUGCUGCUGAUGUCUUGGCAGAGAACGCUCAGUUCACUUAUAAAUAUUUAUCGCCGUAUUUGUACGAUUUCCUUGAUGCUAUAAUAACCAGCCAAACUUCACCAGAAGAAGCUUUUCAGAAAUAUGAUGACAUUGCGUCAAAACAAUCUGAACAAUUACGGAAAUUGACGAAGGUGGUACAAGAAAGCCGCGCACAAGGUGACAAUGAUCAAGUUAAAAAAGCCGUGGUUGAAUACGAAGAGGCUUUAGAAAGAUACAUACCAGUGGUUAUGGCACAAGCGAAAAUUUACUGGGAUAUGGAAAAUUAUGGUCAAGUCGAAAAAAUAUUCCGCAAAUCAGUAGAAUUUUGCAACGAGUCUGAUGUAUGGCGUCUCAAUGUAGCACAUGUAUUGUUUAUGCAAGAGAAUAAAUACAAGGAGUCGGCAAGUUUUUAUGAACCUAUCGUGAAGAAACAAUAUGAUAAUAUUUUAGAUAUUAGUGCAGUUGUUCUUGCAAAUCUAUGCGUGUCUUACAUCAUGACGUCUCAGAACGAAGAAGCAGAAGACAUAAUGAGAAAAAUUGAAAAAGAAGAAGAGCAACAAAUCUUCGAGGAUCCGCAAAAGAAAUUCUAUCACUUAUGUAUAGUUAAUUUGGUGAUAGGAACCUUGUAUUGCGCGAAGGGAAACUAUGAAUUUGGUAUAUCUAGAGUAAUCAAAUCUUUAGAGCCCUUUAAUAAGCGUUUAGGCACAGACACUUGGUUCUACGCAAAACGAUGCUUCAUAUCAUUUCUUGAGAAUCUCGCAAAGCACUUGAUUGUUGUUAAAGAUAACACUAUAAAGGAGUGUUUGCAAUUUCUCGAGGGAUGCGAGACUUAUGGUAGACGCGUGAGCACCGUCAUAGAAAGCCCCUUCCAAGAGGAAGAUGCAAACACAAAAGCCAAGCAAACAGUUACCUACGAAGCUCGUCUACUGCGGUAUAUGUUUUAUAAGUUAAGAAACAUUGACGAUUCUGUUACUAUUAAUAAAUACGAGGACUUGAAGUACCUGGUGGUAUUAGUUUUUUAA